UUAAAAAAAAUGUCUUAAAAUAUAAAAAAAAACCUUUAUUAUUUUCAAGUUGAUGGCAAAAUCUAUACCACGAUAGAAAGUAUCCUUUGUAUACAAAGAAUAUCGAUAUAUUGAUAUUUUGAUACAUUAUCAACAACCCUAUCAAAUUCCUUAGAAUUGUGAGUUACUGGAAAUAACGAUACGGCUGAUAAUACACUUUUUAGGCAAAUAAGUAAGUUAGCUAAGAAAUUAACUUGCAUGGCUAUAACUUUAAGCGACGCGGAAGGCAUAGAUUUUGGAUUGAAUGCCUGGGCCCUCGGAAUUUACCAUUUAAAUAGAGUAAAGCUAUUUUUACCGGCAGGGAAGGCUUCGCAGCAGCGAGACCCCAAAAACGAUGGCGCCACCACGCAGCGGCUUUAAUCGAGGAUUUGGCGGGGGCGGUGGAGGAGUGCAUUCAGGCCGUGUAGAUAGACGAGAUAGACGGGGCAGUCCUAGACGCAGGAAUGGAGGCGGAGGAUUCAAUCGUGGCGGCGGAAGUGGUGGUGGAGGAGGUGGCGGUGGUUUCAAUGACAAUUUUUCAGACCUACGUGGCGUCAACUGGACAAAUGUAAGGUUGACUCCUUUCGAGAAACAGUUCUAUCGGGAGCAUCCCACCACCCGAAAUCGUUCUGAGCAGGAUGUGGAAGCGUAUAGGGGCCAACAUCAGAUAACUGUUCGCGGCCAGGCCCCGAAUCCUGUCCAGAGUUUUGAUGAAGUCUGCUUCCCCGACUACUGCAUGAACGAGAUUCGCCGACAGCGCUACACGGAACCGACGCCCAUCCAGGCCCAGGCCUGGCCGAUCGCCAUGUCCGGUCACAACAUGGUGGGCAUAGCCAAGACCGGUUCCGGCAAGACCCUAGCCUUCAUCCUGCCCGCCAUUCUGCACAUCAACGGACAGCAGCCGUUGCAGCGCGGUGACGGCCCCAUCGCCCUCGUCUUGGCCCCCACACGAGAACUGGCCCAGCAGAUCCAGUCGGUGGCCAAUGACUUCGGCUCCAGUGCCUAUGUGAGGAAUACAUGCAUCUUUGGCGGAGCACCGCGAUCAAGGCAGGCCAAUGAUCUGGAACGUGGAGUGCAGAUAGUGAUUGCUACGCCGGGACGAUUGCUGGACUUCUUACAGGGCGGGGCCACAAAUCUAAAGAGGUGCACUUACUUGGUCCUGGACGAAGCCGAUCGCAUGUUGGACAUGGGCUUUGAACAGCAAAUACGCAAGAUUCUGGGACAGAUUCGCCCAGAUCGCCAGAUUCUGAUGUGGAGUGCCACGUGGCCCAAGGAAGUGCGCAAACUUGCCGAGGACUUUCUGGGCAACUACAUACAGAUAAAUAUCGGUUCUCUGGAGCUAUCAGCUAACCACAAUAUCCGACAGUUCGUGGAAGUAUGUGCCGAGCACGAAAAAGGAGGCAAGCUGAAGGAUCUUUUGUCCCACAUCUAUGACCAAUCUACUUCGCCCGGCAAAAUUAUCAUAUUCGUGGCCACCAAAAAGAAGGUGGACGAACUGGCCCGCUUCAUCAAUGCCUUUGGGGUGGGAGUGGGCUCCAUUCACGGGGACAAGUCUCAAAUGGACCGGGACAGUGUUCUAAACGACUUCCGGAACGGCAGACACAAUAUUUUAGUGGCCACUGAUGUGGCUGCUCGUGGACUCGACGUCGACGGCAUCAAGUAUGUCAUUAAUUUUGAUUUUCCACAGUCCUCGGAGGACUAUGUACAUCGUAUUGGACGCACAGGACGAAAGCACUCGACAGGAACAUCUUAUGCCUUUUUCACACGCAAGAAUGCCAAAUGUGCCCGGGCGCUGAUAGAAAUUCUGCGCGAGGCGAAUCAGAAUGUGAAUCCGGAACUGGAGAGCAUGGCUCGCGAUUCUGGUGGGGGCAGAGAUCGCAAUCGAGGUGGCAGAGGUUCCAACAGAAUGGGCAACCACGGAGGUGGUGGAAGAUUCAAUAGCGGAGGCGGCGGGGGUGGUAGAUCGGGUGGAUUCAACAGCUUUAAUUCCACGCCAGGGAGAUUUGGUGGAGGUAGUGGCAGCAGUGCCUUCGGCUCCAGGUCCACUGGAUUUAAUAACUUUAACAAUAACUCCCAAGGCGGAGGCAGAAGUUACAAUUCAGAUACGUUUUCCAACAACAGAGGAGGAUUCUCUGUAUCGUCGAAUGGCUCGUUCGGCGGUGGUCCUGGCAACUUGUCUUCCAAUAACCAGCGUUAAUUUGAUCCGAGGACUCUUCCAUGUCCAAUACGUUCCAUUACGUCUGCCCAAUCAAUUUGUAUUUUUUUCUGCAUUACAAGAGACUAGUCUUUCGUUUAAAAGCUAAGUGACUGAAGCUUCCAUCAAAUUUUACUCCAUUUUUGUUCAAAAUCAUUAAUUAUUUGUUCCAUCUAAUUUUUAAGAUGUUUUCGAAUAAAACAAGGCGUAAUCUCUAAAAGAUAUUAAUGAAAAA